AUGAAGGAUCUUUUUUCCAAGAAGAGGAAGUUGAAAGAUGGUGAGACUGUUGCUUUAGCGGAGGAAUGUAGCGCCCUUAUUCAAAAGAAGCUUCCUCCGAAGUUAAAAGAUCCAGGUAGUUUCAGCAUUCCUAUUGCUAUUGGAGAUGUGGAAGUAGGAAAAGCACUUUGUGACUUGGGGGCCAAUUUUGUAAUACUAGAUAUGGAAGAGGAGGAUACUGAAAGUCCACUACUCCUAGGGAGACCAUUCUUAGCCACUGCAAGAUCUCUGAUUGACGUUAAACAAGGAAAGUUGAUGUUAAGGGUGAAUGAAGAAACAGUCAUCAUUGAUGUGUUUGAACCUAUUAAACAUUUUGUUGAUGUGGAGGAUUGUUUCAAAGUAGAUGUCAUAUAG